UUUUCAGAAAUGGACGAGAGAAGCGGUGAGGUCGCUAUGGACGAUCUGUCGACUGUACAUGCUGGGGACGAGACUAGGAGCAUCGACGAAUUAGACACCGGCAGGCAGCUGAACAAGGAAGAGGACAUUACCUGCGAGGAAAAGUGCGGAGUAGAAUCUGACCUUUCUCCCGUUCAGGGUCGAACAGAGCAGACGGACAGGCUUGCGGUGAAACGUACUGUGGACAGACGCUUCCUGUGUACGGAAUGUGACUAUAGGGCAGCCACAAAUGCUAACCUUAUAAAACACAAAAGAACACAUACUGGUGAGAAACCUUACAAAUGUGACCAGUGUGACUAUGCUGCUACAUGUAAAGGCUCUUUAGACAGACACAUGGCUAAUCACACCGGCAACAAACCCUACAUUUGUGGGCAUUGCGGAUACAGGACGACUGAGAGGUGUCGCCUAACCCAACAUAUGAGAAAACAUACCGGUGAGAAACCUUACAAAUGCGACCAGUGUGACCUUUCUUAUGCACAUAAAGUUUCUUUAGACCGUCACCUUCUUACACACAGCGGAGAAAAGCCAUUUCUGUGUGGACAGUGCGAAUACAGGACUACAAACCGGUUUUACCUAUCCGACCAUAUGAGGAUACAUUCAAGUGAAAAGCGCUACAAAUGUGACCAGUGCGACUAUUCUGCUGCACAGAAAGGUACUCUAGACCGACACAUGCAUAGACACACCGGCGAAAAACCCUACAUCUGUGGAGAGUGCGGAUUCAGGACGCCCGACAAGUCUUCCUUAACCAGACAUAUGAGAAGACAUUCAGGUGUGAAACCUUACAAGUGUGACCAGUGCGAUUAUUCCGCCGCACAGAAAUUUGCCUUGUACAGACACAUGGCAAAGCACACUGGAGAAAAACCCUUUAUAUGUGGGAAGUGUGAAUACAAGACAAAUGUCUUAUCUAGCUUAACCAUACAUAUGAAAAAACAUACAGGUGUGUACAACUUCAUGUGUGGAGAGUGCGGAUAUAGGACGGCUUACCGCCGUUCUUUAACCGUACAUAUGAGAACACAUACUGGCGUAAAACCUUAUAAGUGUGGCCAGUGUGACUAUUCUGCUGCAAAGAAAGCAAAUUUAGAUCGACACAUGGCUACACACACCAGAGAAAAACCCUUCAUGUGUGGAGAGUGCGGAUACAGAACUGCUCGCAAGUCUGACCUAUCUCGACAUAUGAUCAAACAUACGGGAGAAAAAACAUAUAAGUGUGACCAAUGUGACUUUUCUGCUACAAAGAAAAAGUAUCUAGACGAUCACUUGGCCAAACACACUUCUUGAGAAAACAACACACGUCUUAAUGAUAUAGUAGACAGUUACAGAUGCAUCAAGGUUGACAGGUCUAAAUCAUAACUUAGUCAGAAACAGACAAAUAGUAGCGAUGGAGACUAAAAGCAAAAAUAUGAUCGGUGCAACUUUCCUGCUUCAUGGAUAGUAGUUUAGACGUACACAUGGUUGAACGCGCCUGUGAGCAACACUUCAUGUCUUGUAGAUGUUAAUACUAUACCCUAGACCUCGAUAGCUGCCCUUCUAAACACAGGUAUUACAUGUCUUAAUCAGAGCACGUGAAGCUGUAUUACAUAGUAUUUUUAGC